AUGGUGUUGCAAGCAGACAGAAGAUCACCAGUGAACCGGCUGGCAGACCCGCGGACAUCGGCGAAGAACCCAUCGCCCACCCGGACGGAGGUGCAGCGGGCCGAGCCGAGCCGGCCGCAGUCGCCGCGCGCCGCGCCGAGUCGACCCGAGCCGAGCCGACCGGAGCCGAGCCGAACCGAGCCGAGCCGAAUCGAGCCGAACCGGCCCGACCCGCCGCGGACCGCAUCCCAGGAGCCGCCGGCGGAGGGUCCGCCGCGCCGGCCGCCGCCGCCCGCGCCGCAGCCGCGCCUCGCGCGCGCCCUGUCGCAGGCCGCGCCCGCCCGCCCGCACGACCCGCCCCAGCUGCCUCCGCGGCCCGGCGCGCGGCCCGGGGCGGCGGGCGGCGCGGCGACGGGGGCGGCGCCGCCCGCGCUGCCGCCGCGGCAGAUGUCGGCCGCCGCCGACCUCAACGCCGCGCCCAGUGGAGCUCGCUCGCUGCCCCUGGCGGGUGCAGGCUCGGGCUCGGGCACGCCGCCGGCGCGGCGCGCGGCGCUGCGCGAGCGGCAGGGCUCCGUGAGCGGCCCGUUCGCCGCCACCAACCCCUUCACGGCGCCGCGCCACGCCGAGUUCGUCAUCCCGCAGCGCAGCAACGCGCGCCGCCCAUCCACCGACACUAACAACUCAUAAAAUACCUACAUAAUACAUAUACA